GUCAGAUGGAAGAAGCAGCAACAGUUCGCUUGAAUCAGUCUUUUUGAGUGGACAGUUUAUUUUUAAUCUCUUUUAACAACUGCAUCCAGGCACCAAGAACCAAUCAUUGUAGAAGCAGGAGCAUCCAUUACAUCCUUUUACUCAUGUAAUGGAUCAACAAAGAAGGUAAAAGUAGAAAUCGUGUGAGCUGAUGAGAAUUCAUCAGCAUGGAUCAACGUGAGGAUGGAAGAGAAGGUGUUUAUCCUUCUAAAACCACUCUGUUUGUGGAGGAGGACAGACAAAACAACCCUCAAAGGGUUAAUCAGACAGUAAAACCUGACCCUGAAGAUGCCCCUGAAGAUGAAGCUGAACCUAAACCUGAACAGGGUUCCAGAAAUGCCCCCGCACUUAGUGUCAAAUCAAAUCACAUAUAUGUAGACUUUAAAUCAGAGAGUCCUUCUCCAUCAGACAGUGUGGACCAGCAGAAUGCAGAUGUUCCCAGCAAUCAGUCUUCAGUGGAAGAUCAAAAACAGCUAGAAUCAAUAUUUAAGCAACUGGAGGAAACCAUUUUUACUUUUGAGAAGAAUGAGCUGAAAAAUUUCCAAAAGGUUCUAAGCCCAGGUAACACAAAAUGCUCAAAGGAUCAAAGGGAGGAUGAGAACAUGCAGUGCCUUGAUUAUGAAGAGCAAAUGAAAAGCAGAGAAGCACUACUUAACAUAACCUUUACUUUCAUGAAGAAGAUGAAUCAGGGGGACCUUGCAGACAAUCUGCAGAGAAAACUUUCUGGUACAAUUUUUCAACGCAAACUUAAAUCUUCUUUGAAGAAGAGGUUCCAGUGUGUAUUUGAGGGGAUUGCUAAAGCAGGAAACCCAACUCUACUGAACCAGAUCUACACAGAUCUCUACAUCAUAGAGAGGGGGACUGGAGAGAUCAAUGAAGAGCAUGAGAUCAGACAGAUUGAAACAACGUCCAGGAAACCACAGAAACCAGAAACAGCAAUCAAACAUCAAGACAUCUUUAAACCCACUGGUGGAAAAGAUCAACCAAUCAGAACAGUGAUGACAAAGGGAGUGGCAGGCAUAGGGAAAACAGUCUUAACACAGAAGUUCACUCUGGACUGGGCUGAAGACAAAGCCAAUCAGAACAUCCAUUUUAUGUUUCCAUUCACUUUCAGAGAGCUAAAUGUGCUGAAGGAUAAAAAGUUUAGCUUGGUUCAACUUAUUCAUCAUUUCUUUACUGAAACAAAAGGGAUUAGGUGGUUUGAAGAGUACCAAGUUGUUUUCAUAUUUGAUGGUCUGGAUGAGUGUCGCCUUCCUCUUGACUUCCACAACAAGGAGAUCCUGACUGAUGUUACAGAGUCCAGCUCAAUUGAUGUUCUGCUUACAAACCUCAUCAGGGGGAAACUCCUUCCCUCAGCCCACCUCUGGAUAACUACAAGACCUGCAGCAGCCAGUCAGAUCCCUCCUGAGUUUGUUGGAAUGGUAACAGAGGUCAGAGGGUUCACUGACCCACAGAAGGAGGAGUACUUCAGAAAGAGGUUCAGAGAUAAGGAGCAGGCCAACAAGAUUAUCUCCCAUAUCAAGUUAUCAAGAACCCUCCAUAUAAUGUGCCACAUCCCAGUCUUCUGCUGGAUCACUGCUACUGUCCUGGAGGAUGUGUUGAAAACCAGAGAGGUUGGACAGCUGCCCAUGACCCUUACUGAGAUGUACAUUCACUUCUUGGUCGUUCAAACCAAGGCUAAGAAAGUCAAGUUUGAUAGAGGAGUUGCAACAGAUCCACACUGGACCCCAGAAACCAAGAAAAUGGUUAAAUCUCUGGGAAAACUGGCUUUUGAUCAGCUGCAAAGAGGAAAUCUGAUCUUCUACGAAUCUGACCUGAAGGAGUGUGGUAUUGAUAUCCGAGCAGCUUCGGUGUACUCAGGAGUCUUCACACAGAUGUUCAAAGAAGAAAGAGGGCUUUACCAGGACACUGUUUUCUCCUUUGUCCAUCUCAGUGUUCAAGAGUUUCUGGCUGCUCUUCAUGUUCAUUUAACCUUCGUCAAAUCUGGUGUAAACCUGAUUGAGGAAAAUCACAGCACUUUGGUUUGGUCUAAAUUAUUUAGCAAACCAUCUCUAGAAUUUCUCCACCAGAGUGCCAUUGACAAGGCCUUACAGAGUCCAAAUGGACAUCUGGACUUGUUCCUCCGCUUCCUCCAGGGUCUAUCUUUGCAGAGUAAUCAGAAACUCCUAAAAGGUCUUCUGGCGCAGACAGGAAGUAAUGGACUAACAAAAUAUGAAACUGCUGACUAUAUACGCAAGAAGAUCAAUGAGAAUGUUUCUGCAGAGAAAAGUAUCAAUCUGUUCUACUGUUUGAAUGAACUUAAUGAUCAUUCGCUAGUGGAAGACAUCCAACGUUCUCUGAGUUCAGGGAGUCUUUCCGCAGAUAAACUCUCUCAUGCUCAGUGGUCGGCUUUGGUCUUCAUCUUACUGUCAUCUGAAAAAGAUCUGGAUGUGUUUGACUUAAAGAAAUACCACGCUUCUGAGGAGGUUCUUCAGAGAAUGCUGCCGGUGGUCAGUGCCUCCAAUAAAGCUUUAUUGAGUGGCUGUAAUCUCUCAGAAAGAGGCUGUGAGGCUUUGUCUUCACUUAUCAGCUCCCAGUCCUCCAGUCUCAGAGAAUUGGACUUAAGUAACAAUGACCUGAAAGAUGCAGGAGUGAAGCUUCUCUCUGUUGGACUUAAAACCACUAGCUGUAAACUGGAAGUUUUAAGCCUCUCAGGCUGUUUGAUCACAGAGGAAGGCUGUUCUUCUCUGGCCUCAGCGCUGAGCUCCAACAACUGCUGUCUCAAAAUGCUAGACGUGAGCUACAAUCAUCCAGGAGACUCAGGUUUAAGGCAACUGUCAGCUGGACUGACAGAUCCACAUUGGCAACUUAAUACUCUCAGGCUGGAACCUGCUGGAGCCCAGUGGUUAACACCAGGUCUAAGGAAAUAUUCCUGUCAACUUACAAUCGAUACAAACACUGUUAAUGAAGAACUUCAACUCUCGGAGAACAACAAGACGGUGAUCCAUGAGCAGAGGGAGCAUCAGUAUCCUGGCCAUCAAGAGAGUUUUGGGUGUUGCUGGCCUCAAUUUCUGUGUAGAGAUGGUCUGAAAGGUCGUUGUUACUGGGAGGUUAAAUGGAGUGGAGUUGUAUUUGUAUCAGUAAGUUAUAGAGGAACAGAAAGGAAAGAAAACAUUGAACAAUCUGCUUUUGGAUGGAAUGAUCAGUCCUGGAGUCUGGAAUGUUCUACUCGUCAAGGUUACUCUGUCUGGCACAACAACAGAAGGACAAGCAUCUCAUCCUUAUCUCCCCACUCUUUACUAUCCUUCAUGAGCUCCUCUUUCUCUGUCUCCAAGAAGGUAGCAGUGUAUGUGGACUGUGAUGCUGGCAUUCUGUCCUUCUACAGAGUAAUAUCUGGUAAACUUAUCCACCUCCACACUUUCAACACCACAUUUGAGGAACCUCUGUAUCCAGGAUUUGCAGUCUGGCCUGAUUCCUCUGUGAGUCUUCAGUAAGAAUAAAAAGGAUCACACCAGCAAACAUAUUUGGUCUUAAACAUUGUUUAUUUUUUUAAUUUUCAGAUGAAUAGAUUUAAUCACUACACUUUAAA